CCAAUACUACAUCACUUGGGAGUAAUAUUUUCAGCUCUGAUCGACAGAAUAAUGAAGACUUUGCUGGGGGCCCUUGUUCUUGUUCUGGUGUUGAACUACGGAUGUGCCCUGAAAUGCAACAACUGUGUCCCUUUGAGUGGGACGCGCUGCACACAAACUCAAGAGACCUGUGGCUUUGGAAAAGACGCCUGUAUCGCGGCCAGAUUCAACUUCUCUCCCUUCAUGAGCUUUCGGAGAUGCAGCAGUACGACGGAGUGUCUUAUUCUCUCGAGUAACACUGCCAUGAAAGUGAAAUGCUGCCAUUCUGAUCUCUGCAAUAACAUGAUCAUCAUUUAGACGGACUUCUGUCAACUCAGAACAUGAUCCUGCCAUGUUUACAGUAAUACAGAUUUAGUUUAUGAUAUGAAUUACUCAUGUUGGGGAUUUAUUUCAGCAUUUGCCACGGAUAAAUAAUUUUGGAAUAUGUGAACAAUUUACAAUUUAACUGAAAAGACUAACUCAAAUUUAAGAGUUUGAAUAGAUGCAUGUUUCUGAAAUUCAAAAGUGAAAUAAAGUUAUUGCACCAGCUAAA